AUUCAAUUCUUCAUCGUUCCUUCCUCUGAAAAAAAAAAUAUACUAGUUACGUGGCUCAAUCGCCGUUUAGCUUCUCUCCUCUUGCGUUCAUACUUCCUCCUUCUCGCCUUCCUCCACCGUCAGCAAUGGCCGGAGACGCAAAACCUCUUCAAUCAUUAGAUUCAAACGCAGAAACAACUAAUCCGUUGUUGAGUGUUGAAGAGAGGUUUGAGAUUGUUGGGAGUAUUGGUGAAGAAUGUAUUCAAGAUGAUGAACUCUUUAAUCUCCUUGCUAAUAAGAAAGAUAUUGUUUGUUACGACGGUUUUGAACCUUCUGGACGAAUGCACAUUGCUCAGGGUAUUUUGAAAGCAAUUAAUGUGAACAAGUUAACAUCUGCGGGUUGUCGAGUUAAAAUAUGGGUUGCUGAUUGGUUUGCUAAGUUGAACAAUAAAAUGGGAGGAGAUUUAAACAAAAUUAAGACGGUUGGCCAGUACUUCAUUGAAAUUUGGAAAGCCACUGGGAUGGAUUUCGAAGGAGGGAAAGUUGAAUUUUUGUGGUCAUCCAAAGAGAUUAAUGGUGGAGCUGAUAAGUACUGGCCCUGUGUGUUAGAUAUAGCUCAGAAUAACAGCCUUAAAAGGAUCGUCAGGUGUAGCCAAAUAAUGGGACGAAGUGAACAGGAAGAUUUGACCGCUUCUCAAAUAUUCUAUCCAUGCAUGCAGUGUGCUGACAUAUUUUUCCUCCAGGCCGACAUCUGCCAAUUGGGAAUGGAUCAGCGAAAAGUAAAUGUUCUUGCCAGAGAGUAUUGUGAUGUUAUUAAGAGGAGGAACAAACCUAUAAUAUUGUCACACCACAUGUUACCUGGUCUGCAACAAGGGCAAGAGAAGAUGUCAAAAAGUAACCCAUUAUCAUCCAUUUACAUGGAAGAUGAGGAGGCUGAAGUGAAUCUGAAAAUAGAAAAGGCAUAUUGCCCACCAAAGAUAGUUCAAGCAAACCCAUGCUUAGAGUACAUCCGUUAUCUUAUCUUUCCGUGGUUUAAGGAGUUCACUAUGGAGUGUGGGGCGGAUAAUGGUGGGAAUAAGACGUUCAAAAGCUUUGAAAAGUUGGUUGUUGACUACGAAAGCGGAGAGGUAAAUCCAGAGGACCUCAAACCGGCUUUGUCAAAGUCAUUGAAUAAAAUUCUAGAGUCUAUCAGGGAACACUUUCGAAAGGACAAGAAUGCUAAAGAGCUACUAAAAGAAGUCAAGGCUUACAGAGUCACCAGGGAACCAAUAUCAAUAGGGGAAGCAGCAGACGCAGAAGCUCUUGAAACAUUGUCUAUGGAUGAAUCGUCCAAUUCAAAUGCAACAUCUCAGCAGUCGUUGCAGAGGUUUGAGACUGUGAAGAGUGUUGGGGAAGAGUGCACUCAAGAGGACGAGCUCCUUAACAUCCUUGCCAACAAGCCCGAGCCUGUUUGCUAUGAUGGUUUUGAACUUUCGGGGCGAAUGGACAUUGCUCAGGGUAUCAUGAAAACAAUUCAUGCGAACAAGCUAGUAUCUGCUGGUUGCCGGGUCAAAAUAGUGAUUGCUGAUUGGUUUGCUAAACUUAAUAAUAAACUGUGGGGAGAUUUGAAGAAAACUGAGACGAUUGGCCGCUACAUGAUUGAAGUUUGGAAAGCUAUUGGGAUGGAUAUGGAAGGAGGAAAAGUUGAGUUUUUGUGGUCCUCAAAAGAGAUCGAUGCCAGAGCUGACGAGUAUUGGCCACUUGUGUUGGAUAUAGCUCAGAAAUUUAGUGUUCAAAGGAUUCUCAGUUGUAGCGAGAUAAUGGGACGAAGUGAGAACAUGGAAUCCGCUGGUGCUUCUCAAAUAUUCUAUCCAUGCAUGCAAUGUGCUGACAUUUUUUUCUUCCAGGUCGACAUUUGCCAAAUGGGAAUGGAUUAACGAAAAGUGAAUGUGCUUGCGAGAGAUUAUUGUGAUAUUAUUAAGAGGAAGAACAAACCAGUUAUUUUGUCACACAACAUGUUACCUGGUCCACAGCAAGGGCAAGAGAAGAUGUCAAAAAGUGACCCGUUAUCAUGCAUUUUCAUGGAAGAUGAGGAGGCUGACGUGAAUGUGAAAAUAAAAAAGGCUUAUUGCCCACCGAAGAUUACAGAGGGAAACCCAUGCUUGGACUACAUUAAGCAACUUGUCUUACCAUGGUUUAACGAGUUUACUGUGGAGCGUAGUGCUGAUAAUGGUGGGAAUAAGACUUUCAAAAGCUUUGAAGAGUUGGUUGCUGACUAUGAAAUCGGAGAGUUGCAUCCAGCUGAUCUCAAACCAGCUUUGUCGAAGUCAUUAAAUAAAAUUCUAGAGCCUGUAAGGUUACACUUUAGAACAAACAAGGAAGCUAAAGAGCUACUCAAAAAAGUCAAGGCUUACAAAAUCACCAAGUAAUGUGCUGAUUAAAGACUUUAGGAUUUUUUUUUUUUUGCCAAACAGGCAUACAAUUUUUCGGUGUUGCUAAAUGCAUUUUUUACUUGUAAAAUAUGGUGGAUGUUCUCUGUGAGUUAAAAGAGAUAAAUGACUACUUCAAAACAUCACAUUAAGUUAAAGCAUUGAAAUUAAGUUUAAGAGACCAUCUAAAUAAUUUUGCCUAUUUUAUAUUUUGAAUGAGUUGGAUCGAAA